UCUCAACAAUUCCUUCUAUCUUUCUAAAUUCCUUCACCUUCUCUCUCCAUUCCCAACUGUUUUUCAAUUCAACCAUAUCAUGAACAAUAUUGCAAAUAAUGCCUACAGAGAAGAAAAAUCAUUCUGCUAUUUCCAUCCCAGACAACUUCUUCUUGGGGUCUGCCCCUUGUGCUUGAAUGAGAGGCUCCUCCUCCUUGCUGCAAAACAAGGCCACCACCACCGCCACCACCGUUCUUCUUCCUCCAAAUCUUCCCACAGGCUUCAAACUUCCACAGACACAAAAGCACCCUCUUCCAUUCACAAGAUCUUUGCUUUGGGCUCUCUAUUCACUCGCCACGAAUCCCACCACUGGAAAUCUCACAACCAUGACUACGACAAUGACUAUGAUGAUGUCUCUCCCAGUCCAGAAGAGUCGUUCAUCUCAAUCAAGUUUGAAGAGAACGGGGUGGCAUCGUGGGAAAAGAGCAGAGUGUCGAAGAAGGUGUCCCUAGAGAAGUGCAACAGGGAGAAGAGCGUGAUAGAGCACGGGAAGUCACGUGAGGCGUUUAGGUGGCGAAAGCGUAUAGGGCACAUGUUCCAGCUCAUACGAUGGAAGAAGAGUGGCGGUGUGUGCCACGUGGAGGGACUGAAGGUGAGAAAGGGUGGUUGGAUGAGGAGUCUGACAAAGAGGAAAACGACCAUCGAAUAAAGCCUCCUCAUAAACAACAUCACCAUUUCUUCACUUUGCCUUUCUUUCUUUCUUACUACCUCCUUUGGGUUUUUAAUGUAAAAGGGUUUCUUGAGAAUUUUCUCCAUAAACAUGUUAGGUAGCCUUAGUGGGAAACAA